CAAAGGACUGGUCAGGAGUCAAGUUUAGUAUCCUGGGUUAGAACUGAGGUGACAAGCUCAUGCAGAACAGAGGAGGUCCACAGAGUCCUGCCAGCCCCUGUCUCGUGGGUUCCUAAAACAGUACCCUUAAGGGGAAAAGCAGAGGCAGCUUUUCUUGGAAACAAGGUAGAAGAAUCUCCCCAUUGAGGCUAUACACACCAUCUCUUCCUCUGUCUUCUUUGGUGACCUCUCAUCAACCUUCGCAGAUUAAACAGUUGCCUGCAGUCCCUGACCAGUCACCAUGCCUCGAGGUCAGAAGAGUAAGCUCCGUGCCCGUGAGAAACGCCGCCAGGCCCAUGCUGAGACCCAGAGUCUGGAGGAUGCUCAGGCCACUGGGGCGGCAGCAGCAGCAGCAACAGCAGCAGCAGCAGGAGAGUCCCCUUCCUCUGUCUGUCCUCCCUUUGAGGACAGGCCUCAGAAUAUGCCUGCUGCUGGGACACCUAGCACUCCUGAGGGACCUCAGGGAACCACCAAUGCUAAUGCAGCUGUUUCAUGCACCAAUUCAGAUGAAGGUACUAACAGCCAAAAGAAGGAAAGCUCAAAAUCCUCCAAGGGCAUUGAGGACUUACGCAGAGAUCCUCUACACAUGAAGGUGGCUUUGUUGGUGCAUUACCUGCUGCAUAAGUAUCAAAAAAAAGAGCCAAUUACUAAGUCAGAGAUGCUGAAGUUUGUUAUCAAAAAGUACAAGUAUCGUUUCAAUGAGAUCCUCAAGAGAGCCUCUGAGCACAUGGAGCUGGCCUUUGGUCUUGAUCUGAAGGAAGUGGAUCCUACCAGGCACUGCUAUGCCCUUGUCAGCAAACUAGACCUCACCUCCAAUGGAACGAUGAAUGAAGAAGAGAACCCGCCCAAGACCGGGCUCCUGAUGAUCGUGCUGGGUGUGAUCUUCAUCAACGGCAACUGUGCCACUGAAGAGGAGAUCUGGGAAGUGCUGAAUAUGAUGGGUGUACAUGCUGAAAGGAAGCACUUCAUCUAUGGGGAUCCCAAGAAGGUCAUCACUGAAGAUUUGGUGCAGCUAAAGUACCUGGAGUACCGCCAGGUGGCCAACAGCGAUCCUCCGCGCUAUGAGUUCCUAUGGGGUCCACGAGCCCACGUUGAAACCAGCAAGAUGAAAGUCCUGGAGUUUUUAGCCAAGAUUUAUGAUACAGUGCCCAGUGCCUUCCCAUUCUGGUAUGAAGAAGCUUUGAGAGACGAGGAAGAGAGAGCCCAAGCAAGAAUGGCAGCCAGGGCUCGUGCUGCUGCCAUGGCCAGUGCACGCUCCAGGGCCACGGCCAGUGCACGCUCCAGGGCCAUGGCCAGCAACUUCUCCCAGGCUAAGUGAAGUUCAAGGCUGGUUCUUCACUUUUUGGUUGAAAAGGUUAUAGUUCAAAUGAUGAAGUCUGAGAAGAUUGUUUCCCUUGUGGAAAAAGAGCAGUAACAUUCUAAGUUGUGGAUGGCCAGGGUGGGUCUAUAGGGAACACAGUGUAAUAUCCUCUUUUUGUUCCUAUUCUAUAUGGUAAACUUAGAGUUUAAUUUUUUCUCUUCCUUUUCUUUUCUUUUUUCUUCUCUUUUCUUCUCUUUCCCCCUUCCCUCCCUCCCUUCCUUUCUCUCUUUCUUUCCUUUUGUUAUAUUUUAAAUGUUGUUUCUUUAAUAGAAGGUAUAAUAAUUUCAGAAUCUAAAUUAGUGACCUCAGUUACAUAUUUAUUAGAUUUAACUUAAUAGAGUUAAGAUUAAGAGUUUUAUUAUUUUGUAAGACAAAUUGGGAAACCUUUCGCAUUUAUUGAACUAGAACAAUAAAACAUGGCAUGGUAAUAGGCAUUUCUUUGGAAAUGUGAAAAAUUUUAUCAGUAAAAUUACUGGGAUCAAAAAAUACAGGAGACUUCCAAUAAAGAUGUUAAAAAAAAAUACAGGAGAAAAAAAGUUUAAAAAAUGUGUAGUUCUUGGUUUACCUUAUCCAUUUUAGUCUGUUAUUCUGUAAAAAUAAAAAAUACAUAACUGGAUUUGCUUCACUUAUUAAAGAACGUAGGAGAAAUAAAAGACUUAUAAACUAGAA